AAGAUUCUUCUUUGUAAGCCUCAAGGGUGCUCUUUGUUUACAUAAGUAUUUCUGUUUCCCGGCCGCAGUAAUUGUAAUAGCUAUUACAGUUAUUAAAAUGGGAGGUUAUGGAGCGAUGUCUGAUGAAGGAACCAUUGAUUACUCUGUUCACGAAGCUUGGAAUGAAGCUACAAAUGUAUACCUCUUGGUUAUUCUCGUCAGUUUUGGACUCCUCAUAUAUGCCAGAAAAAACAAAAGGAAGAUCAUGAGGAUUUUCACAGUGCCUCCUACGGUUGAAUCGACACCAGAGCCUAACUUUUAUGACAGCAUUCAGAAAGUUCGAUUACGGCAACAAUUAGAAAUGUACUCCAUUGCAAGGAAACAUGAUCAGCAGCAGCAACAGCAGUCAGACAGUGUUCAGCUCUCCAUGGAGUAAACGGCUGAAGCGGUUUAUAUUGUGCAGAGUUCUGCAGCAUUAAACUCUUUAUUCUUGUGCAAUAUAGUAUUUUAUUUAUUCAGUAUUCUGGUGGACUGAAGAAGAUUCUCUUGUAAUUUGGUACAAAGAAAUCGAAAUCGUCAAAAUGGUACUGUAUUUCUGCCAUACCCCAGUUAGAAUUUCUGCCUAUUUAAAACAUACCAUUUCAGCACCAGUGUCCAAUGCAGCAGUCAUUACCUGUUACCUGAUAACUGACCGUGGGACAGGUGCCUGGAGUUGAAGGUGAGGGUAUGAAAGACAAGGUCAUUUACCUAGAUGUAAUGGCCACUACUGAGGAUAGUAAUGCUAUUAUAAUGUGUAUAAAGAAAUUGCAAAAAACAUUUUUAGGUAAAAUUUUGGACUGGGUCACUUGGCAAUUUUUGACGCAGUUUAAGGGCAAGACAGUAAAUAAUGUUAGUUUUGAUGUGUUUUGGAUGGCAAGUUUAGAGAUGCACUUAUGAGCUUGUUGUACAUAUCUAUUUGAAUUUUGUUUCUGUGAAUGACAUCAAAACAUCAAGAAAAGCUACCUGUAGGUAGACUGAUGUGAGAAACAUGACCUUCAGAUACAAGGGACAAUAAUGGUGCCUCUGCAAACUUAUUCAUGGGAAAAUGCUUCCUUCUUCAAUCAAGACAUAAAGCUUUGGUCUGGUGGCAAUACAUUUGUAUCUUUGAUUUGGACAAAAGGGAGGGAAUCUUUAAAACGGUUUACUAACUAUAUUAACACUCCUCACUUCACGAUCAAGUGCACAUGUAAUAGAACCUUUGAAGACUUCCGCAUUCCAUGUAUUGAUGUUCUGCUCCUAUAUACAAACUCCACCUCAGAACUGACUGUUAGUGUUCUUGGAACAUUCAUCUCUGUCACUGCAACUUUUAAACUUAAACAACAUCAGUCUACCUAGCUAUUUCUGCCGUGCUAUCUGAAGAAGGUGGAAGCAGAAACAUUGCAGCUAAUAUUUAAAUAGUGAGUUUUCAGUUUAUCAAUUACUCCAUCAUUCUAUCUAUCUAUCUAUAUUUUACUUCAAAAGUUAAAUUUAAAAAAAAAAAAGGUUUACCAUGUUAGUACCCUCCUGAUGGAAUCCUUUAGUUAAAAAAUGGUGGUGACCCUCACAUUUUGAAGUUCAAAAUGUAUAGUGACACUCUGUAAAGGUGUAUUAAAAUAUAGUAUUUUCUGAAUAGGGAAGGGGUAAUUAAGGUUGUUCUCCCCCAAAGUUAAUACAUUUUGACUGCAGUUCUUAAUUUGCUAGCUGAGUUGUCUUAAGAUUAACUGUUAUAGCUAUAUUUAAAACAAAUCUAGACAUUUUCCUAAAUUACAAAUGUCAUUGUUUUGGUUUUUAUGAUUACCUUUAUGCUCUUAUUAUAGCACCCUUAAAUUACUUUGAAAUUAGGUUUUGAUUAGUGGCUACAUUUCUUUAGUUUCAAACAAGUUCAAGAGAUGUUUAUAUAUUUUUAUUUUUAAUUUUUGUGUACUAUAAAAACAACAUUGGUAAAAACAAAAAGUUGACUGGUUACUGACAAAAGUGAAACGUGCUGUAUCAAAAAUGACUGUCAAUAAAGGCAAUCCUCAACUGCA